UACAACAGUUCUGUUGUAUAAACUGAAAGGUGAUUAGUUUCCUAUAAUAGUAGCUCUGACUGUAGUUUUACUCAAAUGGUUUGUUAAUGUGCAUUCUAAUACGUUAUUGUUUCUAUAAUAACCUGUUCGCAGGGAUUUAUGUAUGGUGGACAGUCCACAUAAUCUAAGUGUAAGAUCUUUAGAAAAUGUUUUCUUUAAUGAACGACAUCAUGUAACUCUUGAUUUGGUCCAGUUUCUUCCUAAGGAACUCCCUGAUGUAUUGUAUGUAUGAUCAAUAAUGCAUUUUGACAUCUGAGGAAAAAUAAGUUGUGAUCUAAUGAAUGUUAUCUUCAGAUGAAAGAGAAAAAAAUAACUCCUGGCCUUUCUGGACUUUUGUAAAUGACUGUUUAUAACUGCUAUAAUGUCUGUAAUAACAGGAAGUAACUUCUCAUGGCCGUUCCAUAAUUGUAAACGUAACUGUAAGUGGCUAAAAUACGUGUCAUUAAUUGUUGCGGAUGUUAGAGGAAUAAAACACUAUAUAGGAAAAUGAUCACCUUCAGGGUGUGACCACAUCACACCACUCUUCAUUCUGAAUUGUGAAAUGUCCAGGGUAAGGUUUUCUUUCCUAAAAAAUAUUUUGUAUUCUUGAUCUUGAAUACAUGUGAGUGGUUGCAGCUGGGAUUUUUCCUCAGCCAAACAUGAUAUUGAAGGAGUGGGAGAGAAAUGUUCGUCAGAGAAAGACAUGGCACGUCAGUGAAGCAGAGGCAAUAGACUGGCGUGAUUGUGCAUGAGACGCUGAAUGACCGAGUGUGCGAGAGAGGGGUAUUAUCUCAGAUCUCACAUGUUGCUCUGGAUCAUUCCCUCCUUUGUGGCUGAAACAAUGACGGCUGAGGGUAGAAGGCUUAAAACGGUGAGGACGGGACUCAAACGCAACCACACAGCACUGGGACGCACAACACUCUUCCAAAAAAGUGUUUUGAUAUCAGUAAAGGAAAGAGGUGGACAUUACAGACACACCUUCUGGGAUGCCACGCGAGCCUUCAUGCUGCUGUCUGUGCUGAGCUGCUUCGCUGGUGUGGUGCUGGGCCUCAGUGCCUUCUCCAACAGAACCAAAAACACGAGGGUGAGAACUGCAGGAAUCACUCUACUGCUGUCUGGUUUCUUUGCUCUGUUAGCUUUGGCAAUCUACACUGGUGUGACUGUGAACUUCUUUGGCAAGCGCUACAUUGAGUGGAGGUUCUCAUGGUCCUACAUCCUUGGCUGGGUCGGCAUCAUUCUGACUAUAACAGCUGGCAUCCUCCAAAUUUGUGGCUACAAGAGGAGCACUGCUGAACCAGCGCCUCAAAAUCCUACAGACAGCUGGAUUUCUCCUGACCAGUAACCUUUAGGCUGAGUUUCAACUAUUGCAAGAUGACUCUUUAAAACAUUCACAUUCUUGCAAUAGCAACAUAUGAUCUGGUUGAAAUAAAGUAUUUUUUUUUUUGCACUAUUCGGAUGCUAAGUUAAUUCAGUUGUGUGUGUUGGUGGAUUGUUUGGUGGCAUAAUAUCCUCAUAGCGUGCUCUUAACACACUGUGUGUAGUCCAGCAGAGGGCAGCAGUGAGAAUCCCGGGUCACGUAAGAGAUUAUAAACGUACUACGUCCACAGCACAGAACUACACACAGGCACAUAAAAAUAUAUAAAAUAAUAGUGAUGGGGAAUUCGGAUCAUUUUACUGACCCGGAUCUUUGAAUCUCGUUCAGCAAAAUGAGCGAAUCUUUUUUCGAGUCAUUUCGUUAAUUUCAGCAGAAUAUAAUUAAAAUAUUACAU